AUGUCACCUUCCAUCCUUCGGGAGGCAGCGGCGGGCAGCGCCAAGCUGAGCCACGCCCCCAGGAAGAAGCGCUCAGCUCCGCCCCGGGACCCGACUGUCCGCACCGCUGGUGCGCCGACGCAUAGGCCCGCCCCUACGCCUUGUGGUCUAGUGCCCACGCUCCUGUCUACAAAUAGGCUGCGCUCCGCCCUCUUACGUCACCACUUGUCCGGCCUACUGGUAGCCCAGCCCAAAUUCGCUCGUCGUUCACUCACGUCCCGCCCUGCGGUAGCCACGCCCCUGAGUUCUGACGCACAUUUCUGGCGACGCCGGUGGUCCGCUCGGCGUCUCAUCCUCUUCCAUGAUGUGGGUGCUGUCUGUUCCUCGGUGUCCUGCGGCAGCAAGAACUUGCUCAAGAAGUUCGCCUCAAAAUCCAAAAAAAAGUUUUGGUAUGACAGUCCUGUCUUGGGGUCUCACCUGACUUACAGACCAUCCAAGUUGGAGUCCCUGGUGAAGACUACUUCCAAGAAAAACAGGAAGGAAGACCAUGUGCGCCUGAGAGCCCUGAAUGGCCUUCUGUACAAAGCAUUGACAGAUUUAUUAUGUACAUCUGAUGUGAGCCAGGAGGUCUAUGACCUGAACGUGGAGCUGUCCAAGGUGUCUCUUACAUCAGAUUUCUCUGCCUGCCGUGUGUACUGGAGGACAUCUCUGUCUGUGGAGCAGCACGAGCAUGCCCAAGCUAUCCUGCAGAAGAGCGCCACCCACCUAAGGCAUCUGCUCAUCUCCCAGCAAAUACUGCGCAAUGUUCCACCCAUCAUCUUUGUUCAGGACAGAGGGAGCACUGCUCUUGCUGAGAUUGAUCAGUUACUGGCAGUUGCUGAUUUUGGGCCCCCUGAUGGGAAAGAAGAAGCCAUAGAGAGUGAUGUCAGGGAUUCUUCCGACCAGCAACCCCUGUUUGGUGCUACCCAGCCAGCCGAGCACCCUCGUCUGUGUGAGAUUGAUCAUGAGGCGCUCCACAAGCAGAUCAUGGAAUACAAACAAAAGAGGGAGAGGGGACUUGCUGAUAUGAGCCAGGGGCUGCAUGAUGAUUCCCGAGAGCAGCUGGCUGAACUGGCAAGGCAGAUGAAGAGGAGGAAGAAGAAGACAAAGGUCCCUGAUGAUGCUGCAUCUCCGAAGAGCUUCCUAUUGGGCAUGGAGAGCGAGGACAGAAUGGACAAUGAAGAUCUCCAGUGGCCCCACGAUGGCCCAGAGCAGACAAUACAGAAUGGAGAGCGCUGGCGUUAA